AUGGGGGUGGAGGAGAUUCGGGAGAAGAUAGAGAAGAUGCAUGCGAACGUGGAGGCUGUGAAGAUGAAGCACAGCGCCAUCCUCUCCGCUCCCACCACGGACGAAAGGAUGAAGCAGGAGCUGGAGGAUCUCAUGGACGACAUCAAGCGGACCGCCUACAAAGUGCGGGCCAAGCUGAGAGGCGAGUUCCUCCGCCGCGGAUCGCGGAAGUUCGCCUUCGCGGAGGCGUUUCUUGGCAAGAUGGAGCAGACCAUCGAGCAGGAGGAGAUCGCCAAGAGCACGUCGGCGGACGUGCGGAUCCGGAAGACGCAGCACUCGACGCUCUCGCGGCGGUUCGUGGAGGUGAUGCGGGAGUACAACCGGACCCAGACGGACUACCGCGAGCGAUGUAAAAACCGCAUCACGCGCCAGUUCGAGAUCACCGGGAAUGCCGUCGAUGACGUCCAGGUGAACAGUAUGCUGGAUGCUGGGAAUGCCGAGGUCUUCACGAAGGGAAUCGUCAUGGACGCCCAGCAGAUGAAGCGGACGCUGGCCGACAUCGAGGCGCGGCACGCCGACAUACUCAAGCUGGAGGCCGCCAUCAAGGAGCUCCACGACAUGUUCCUGGACAUGGCCAUGCUUGUCGAGAUCCAGGGGGAGAUGGUGGACCGGAUCGAAUGGCACGUCUCCCAGGCCGCCGACUACGUGGGCGUGGCCGAGGCGUUCAUCAAGAAGGCCGUCAAGUACCAGAACAAGAAACGGCAGAGCCAACAUGCAUCCGCGUCCUCGCUUCCCACCUCCCUGUUGCAGAAGAAGGUGAUGCUCGCCAUCUGCCUCCUGCUGGUCCUGGUGAUCGUGGUCCUCGUGAUAAGCCUGUCGGUGUAG